CUUUCACUUUCGAUGUUAACACAGGUGGGUUACGUAUUCAUGUUUAAUAUCUCUGAUAAGAUUAUCAUAAUACUCACUGAAAAGUUUAGACUUGAAAUUGCAUCAACUGUAUAUCUAUUCGAUCUGCUAUAGGGUCACAGAGCAACAGAUGCUCUGUAUUUACUGUAAGUGACUGUGUGCGUGUUUAUAUUCCGCUACGGUCAAUAAAUUCUGUUGUAGUUUACAUUAUCUACAGCUGGCUCAUCUGCUUAGUCUUUUGAACUACAUCCAGGAAGAGCGAUUUGAGUUUUCACUGACUUUGAUCUUCUAUAACGUUGGUCGGAUUUUACAAAUUGGGAGAAAUUGAAUCAUUAGUGGAAAACUACUAACUAGUUAAUGUGUGUUUAAAGAAGUUCAUGAGCAUGAUCGAUCAGAUGAUAUGACGCCUCCACAAUGUCAGUGGAUAAUGGAUGCACUUUUAGAUUGUUCAUUAUUUUAAGCACACUGCCCCAAACUAUUAGUGAAUUUGCCAAAGAAGUACCAUUUCCAAAACACGUUGACAAAGUAGAACAUUCCCUUAUAUGGGCAGUGAAAGUAAAGGAUGUGCUUAAACCAGUGGACAGUGGGAUCAUUGCGGAUAUUUCAUCACAGAAUGGGUUCUCCAGGAACCAAGAUAAAACUCUCCAGUUUUCCCAUGACACCGAAAAUUUACACUCAGACAUUCAUCUUGCCCAAAAGAUAGCAGAUGACUGUGUGUUAGUGCAUAUGCACUCUAUAGACGCCCUACAAGACACGUAUUUAUUAGGAUUUGAUAUAGACAAGAUUCAUCGUUUUGAUUCUAGUUUUAACAAUGUGUCAUCCAUUUUAAAAUUAGAUGGUAGAAAUCUUCAUGUUAAACUCCUUCAUCACCAUUACACCGCACACGUCCCACGGUCGUCUUUCCAACUCAUCCAAGACUCUCUGUCUCGGUGUUUAAAUGCUCACCCAAUGGUGGAAUGGUUCAGUCAGCAAAAUGUCCGAAAAAGAACCAAGAGAACGCUGCAUCUUCAAUUUUCUGAUCCAUUUUUUAAAUUGCAGUGGCAUCUUAUUAAUCACAAACAAAGAAAUAUGGACAUUAAUGUGACCGGUGUAUGGGAGAGAAACAUCACAGGUCGAGGGGUCACGGUUGCUGUCGUUGACGACGGUGUAGAAUGGACCAAUCCUGACCUCCGAGACAAUUACAACAGUGCAGGCAGCUGGGACCUGAAUUCUGAGGAUCCUGACCCCUUACCAAGUGCCUCAAAAGCUUCUAAUCACCAUGGAACACGAUGUGCUGGGGAAAUAGCAGCAGUUCCGAAUUCAUUUUGUGCUGUAGGAGUGGCGUACGGGGCAAAGUUUUCAGGUCUGAAGGUUCUUGAUGGACCAAUGACAGACAGUCUAGAAGCUCAAGCCUUUAACAAGAACUUACAAAUCAAUGAUAUUUACAGCUGCAGCUGGGGACCUGACGAUGAUGGUAAAACGGUCGAUGGACCACACAUUUUGGCCAAGGCUGCCAUGCAGUAUGGCAUUGACUUUGGUAGGAAAGGAUUUGGGAGCAUCUAUGUUGUUGCCAGUGGAAACGGUGGCCAUUUCCAAGACAACUGUAACUAUGAUGGUUAUGCCAAUUCCAUAUACACAGUCACUGUGGGUGCGAUUAAUGAGGAUGGAAAUAUGCCUUUUUAUGCUGAGAAGUGUGCCUCGAUGCUGGCCGUCACAUUCAGCAGUGGGACCACACAGCAUAGGAGCAUUGUGACCACUGACUGGACGAUGAAGGGAGGCAGUGGAUGCACCACCUCCCACUCCGGCACCAGUGCGGCUGCACCCCUCGCGGCGGGGAUGAUGGCGCUUAUGUUACAGACUCGCCCCUGUCUGACGUGGCGGGAUGUUCAAUACCUUAUCAUAUUGACUGCUCAGAAAGUCGAUGUAGACCAUUCAGAGUGGAAGAGAAAUCAGGCAGGACUGUACCACAGUCACAAACACGGGUUUGGGGUGAUGAAAGCCUGGCGAUUGGUCAGUGCAGCUAAGGUGUGGGAAAGUGUACCAUGGAUCACCUCAUUUCUGUAUUCUAGUGAUGAAAUCCACCGACAAAUUCCAAAAGGGACCAAUCUGCCAUUGACAAUCACACACACAGUGACAGAUGAGGAUAUCUCAGGUUUGAACUUAUUCAUCUUGGAGCAUGUCCAGUUGUUUGUGACAGUCACUCACCCUUAUCGAGGAAAAUUGGAGAUUGUGCUGGUCUGUCCCAGCGGCACUCGGUCCACAGUGGCCACUCCAAGAGAGGCUGACCGGUCAGAUGCUGGUUUUCAGGACUGGGCUUUUAGCACUGUGAGAUGCUGGGGCGAGGAUCCGGUAGGAGUGUGGACUAUAAUCAUCACAGAUCAUGACACAUCCACCUAUGGGGCUGGCUUUGUUCAACACUGGAAACUGAAACUCUAUGGGACCUGGAUAACACAACAACAGUUUGCAGACCGCAAGAGGAGGGUACAAGAGGCGAUGGAUGGUCGGUAUCUCAACGAUAGUUACCAACUGCCCUGCCCCCAGACAGGCCCCGAUGUACCCCCAAAACAACCACUGUCUCAGAGAGUACUGAAGUUCCUGGUGUUAGCCAGUAUUUUUUGCCUGGUAAUGGCCCUGUAUGAAACAUUUGAGUAUGCAGCCUGUUACCGAAAAGAGAAGAGAACACAAAGACAAAAAAUGAUUGAAAAUCUCCCAACUCAAGUAUCAGCUAGAAACAUGUCAGCUAAUGAAACGGAUCAUUCCGAGUCUCAAAGACUCUUAGAUGAUGAUUCUGAGACAGUCAUUGUUAUGGAAUCUUUUGAUGUCAGAGAAGUGAUUUCAGACUGUGAUGUUGGGACAGAGAACAGUGAACAAUUGUCUUUAGAAAAUGGAAGGCUAAUUCAACAGUGACUCAAGUGGUGCUUUCAAACGUAGAAAAUGUUCAUAACUGUUGUAUUUAUUGAAAGCGGUGCUAUCUACUUCUUAACAGCAUGAUAUCCAAAAAUAUCAAAUCUACAAUAUCUUAUUAUGUCUUUCAUUUUUAUUCUAGACUUGCAAAUCUAUGCAUUUUUAAUGAGGAUUUUAAACAUUGUAUUAUUUGUAGUGGAGUAUUGUUAACAGUAUGAGAAGCUGAUCUUCAUUAAAACAUUGUUUUUGUUCAUUAUUAUAUACGGUUUCUUUAUGAAAAUAAAAAAAAGCCAGUAUACAACAAGGAA